AUGCAGGUGGUCCGAAUCAUCAUCAAGGGUGGUGUCUGGAGGAAUACCGAGGACGAAAUCCUCAAGGCGGCCAUCUCGAAAUACGGCAAGAACCAAUGGGCCCGUAUCUCAUCCUUGCUCGUGAGGAAGAGCCCGAAGCAAUGUAAGGCGAGAUGGUAUGAAUGGCUCGAUCCGUCGAUCAAGAAGGUCGAAUGGUCCAAGACGGAAGAUGAAAAGCUACUCCACCUCGCCAAGCUUAUGCCGACUCAAUGGCGGACCAUCGCCCCUAUCGUCGGCCGUACCGCUACUCAGUGUCUAGAGCGGUAUCAGAAGCUUCUCGAUGAUGCCGAGGCGCAGGACAACGAGGAGCUCGGCUUAGGCGGAGGCGAUAAUCCGGAAGCUCAGGCAGCGGAGGGUGUCCGGACGCUCCGUGCCGGUGAGAUCGACACGGACCCGGAGACGCGGGCGGCUCGACCGGAUCCCGUCGACAUGGACGACGAUGAGAAGGAAAUGUUGUCGGAAGCUCGGGCGCGUCUUGCCAAUACCCAAGGCAAAAAGGCGAAGCGGAAGGCGCGGGAGAGGCAGCUGGAGGAGGCGAAGCGGCUGGCCUUCUUGCAAAAGAAGCGAGAGCUCAAGGCGGCCGGGAUCAACCUUCGACCCAAGACGAAAAAGAAGGGGAUGGACUACAAUGCGGAUAUCCCUCUCGAGAAGCGCGCGGCUCCCGGUUUCUACGACGUCAGCGAGGAGGCGGCCAAGACGUUCUCGGCGCCGGUCGGACAGUCACUCCGGGCACUCGACGGGAAGCGGAAGCAGGAGCUCGAGGAGGAGCAGGAGAAGAGCAAGAAGCGGAAGGGGGAUGAUGGGAAGCCGAAGGGGCAGGCGGCGCAAUUUGUGCAGGCGCGAGAGGCGCAGAUCAAGAAGUUGAAGGAGCAGGAGCAGGUCAUUAGGCGGCGGAAGCUCAAUCUGCCGAUGCCGCAGGUGGGAGAGAGGGAGCUGGAGGAUAUUGUCAAGAUCGGGCAGCUGGGAGAAUCGACGAGGGAGAUGGUGGCGGGUGACGCGGAUGGGGCGACUGGCAGAUUGCUGGGAGACUAUGAUACCGUCAGGGGAGCUAGUAUGGCAAGGACACCGAGAACUGCAGCUGCACCCGAUACUAUUCUCGCGGAAGCACGGAAUCUCCGAACCAUGACGGCCACCCAAACACCCCUUCUCGGUCAGGAAAACACUCCUCUUCACAGCGGCGACGAAGGCACUGGCUUCGAGAGCGCCACUCCCCGCCACGAUGUCAUGGCUACGCCCAAUCCCCUCGCUACUCCACGCGGUAUGGCCACUCCCCGGUCGGUCGACGGCGGGAUGGGUCAGACGCCUAUGCGGACACCCAUGCGGGACAGUCUGAGCAUCAACGACUCGACCCCCAUGUACGGUGCCACACCCCAGGAAGAGAAGCGGCGUAUGGCGCAAAGCCGACGCGCUCUCAAGGCUGGCUUUGCUUCCCUUCCAGCGCCGGAAAACAACUUUGAGCUGGCGGAGGAGGACGAAGAAGAGGAGGAAGGGGAGGAUGUGGUGAUGACGGUCGAGGAUGCGGCGGAGCGGGACGCCCGGCUUAAGGCGGCGCGGGAAGAGGAGGAGCGCAAAGAGCUCGAGCGGAGAAGCUCGGUGGUCAAGCGGUCCCUCCCUCGUCCGGCCAACGUCGACCAGCGCCGGAUCUUUGGCGAGCUGUCUGACGGCGAGACGUCCACCAUCAUCCAGCUCAUCAACUUUGAGAUGGCCGCUUUGAUGAAGCAUGACUCGCUCGCACAUCCCCUCCCUGGUUCGUCCGCCCCAUCAGGCAUGUUCAGCGACUACGACAUGCCUGACGACGACUAUGUCGAUCUGGCCAAGAAGGAGGUCCAUGCUGAGCUGGCUCAAACGGUCGGUCUUCCAGGCGCCAACGAGUCCCAGCUUCGGAUCGCCAUCAAUGCGGGAAUCGCCGAUGAUGCUUUCGACGCGUCCUGGGCGAAAGAGCGGGAGAACCUCAUCCUCCAUCCCAUCCUCGGUUGGGUCGAAUCGGAAUCAUUAUCCCCAACCGACCUCACAUCCGCCUACUCCCACAUGAUCAACGCGUCCAAGGAGCGCAUGAUCGCCUCGGCGACUACGGCGGCCAAGGGGGAAAAGAAGCUUGCCAAGCAGCUCGGCGGGUACCAGGCCAUCAAUGCCAAAGUCCGCUCGGGGAUACUGGACGCGAUGAAUGAUAUCCACGCGACCAAGCGGGAGCUGGAGACGUUCUUGAUGCUCAAGGGGAUGGAGGAGGCGGGGGCGCCAGGGAGACUGGAGAGGAAGAGGGAAGAGGUGGCGGUGCUGGAGAGGAGGGAGAGGGAUCUGCAGGCGAGAUAUGCGGAGUUGAACGAUGAGCGGAGAGAGCGGGUUGAGGCUAUUGAACAGCUCGAGGAGGACAAGAUUGUGCUGUCGGCGCAGCUGGCGCUGGACGACCAGGAGGAGGAUGGGGAUGCCGGUAUGAAUGGGGAGUAG